AUGACCAGCUCGAAACCGAUCUUCGUCUUUGUGCCUGGCGCAUGGCACACGCCAGACACAUUCAAUGCCAUCCGCCACCUGUUGAAUGAGCGGGGGUUCGAGUCUGAGGCUGUUGCCAAUCAAUCUGUUGGUUCGGCUGAUCCUUCGACGGGUCUGCAUGUCGAUAUCGCGUAUACGAAAAGUGUUCUACAAAGGCUCACCAAGCAAGGGCGUCAAAUCGUCGUCGUCACACAUUCCUAUGGUGGAAUUGUCGGCGCUGGCGCCGUGGAGGGUCUUGGAUAUACACAGCGUGCGCAGGCAGGUCUUCCUGGUGGUGUUAUUCAGGUGGUGUGGAUGGCUGCGUUCGUCACGCCUAAGGGCAAGUCUGUUAUUGAUAUGCUGGGGGGUAACUGGCUCCCUUGGAUGCUGCUGAAGAACCCCGACGACGGAUACUGCUACUCCUCCGAGCAAGAGACUGUCUUCUACCAGGAUAUGACUCCAGAAGCGCAGCAACAGGCUAUCGCCAACCUCAAGCCGCAUCCCAAACCUUCAUUCCUUGAGAAAGCCGUUCACGAGCCAUGGCACGAGAUACCCUCUUUUUAUCUAUUCUGCGACAAGGAUCAAGCACUGCCCCUGCAGGUCCAGGAGGCCUUUGCCCAGGCGCUUGGGAAUCCCGGGACAUAUCAUGCUGAUGGAUCGCACUCGGCGUUUUUGAGUGUGCCGAAUCAGGUUGCGGAUGGACUUGAACUUUCGUUAAAGGAAGGGUUGGAGAAGAGUACUGUUUUUGCCAAUUAA